AUGCCUUCCUCCGAUCCACACGCCGCCGCCGCCACUAAUAUCGUCCCUAAAUGUAUUCUCUUUAAUGCCGCCUCUGGUGCUUCCGCCGGAGUUAUUGCUGCUACGUUUGUGUGUCCUUUAGAUGUAAUCAAAACUAGGUUUCAGGUUCACGGUGUGCCCCAGUUCGCCAAUGGAACUGUUAAAGGCAGUGUAAUAGUCAGCAGUUUGCAACAGAUAUUUCACAAGGAGGGGUUACGUGGCAUGUACCGUGGAUUGGCUCCUACUGUGCUAGCUUUGCUUCCAAAUUGGGCGGUUUAUUUUACUAUGUAUGAGCAGCUCAAAAGCCUUCUUCAUUCUGAUGAUGAAAACCAUCAUCACCUUCCAGUCGGAGCUAAUAUGGCAGCUGCUGCUGGGGCUGGAGCUGCAACUACCUUGUUUACAAAUCCGCUUUGGGUUGUCAAGACUAGACUUCAAACCCAGGGAAUGAGACCAGGUGUUGUACCAUAUAAGAGCACACUAUCUGCAUUGAGGAGAAUUGCACACGAGGAGGGCAUACGGGGGCUGUACAGUGGCCUUGUACCUGCUCUAGCUGGUAUCAGUCACGUUGCCAUUCAAUUCCCGAUGUAUGAAACAAUAAAAUAUUAUUUAGCAAAUCAAGAUGACGCAGCAGUUGAUAAACUUGGUGCACGCGAUGUUGCUAUUGCUUCAUCAGUCUCCAAAAUUUUUGCAUCCACAUUGACAUAUCCCCAUGAGGUUGUACGUUCCAGAUUGCAAGAACAAGGGCACCACUCAGAGAAACGAUACUCUGGUAUGACAGAUUGUAUUAGAAAGGUUUUUCAACAAGAAGGCAUACCUGGAUUUUACAGAGGAUGUGCCACCAACCUUUUGAGGACAACACCAGCUGCUGUAAUCACAUUCACCAGCUUUGAAAUGAUACACCGUUUUCUUGUUUCACAUUUUCCUUCUGAUCCACAACCUCAUAUUUUGUGA